UCAUAUUUGGGGCUGUUGCUCUUUUCAUCUGUUGGUGUGUUUGCCUCAAAUCUUCACUCAUGAGUUGGAGGACGUUUACACCAAAGGACACGCGCGCUCACACACACACAGAGCCGUCCUCCAGAGGUGCAGGAGGUGCAGCAGCAGCAGCAGCAGCAGCAGCCCGCACACCAACACACUGUUUCUAUGUAUGUGCCGGCACAGUGCAGACAGAGGUUGUAAACAUGGCGGCGGACGGGAUGGUGCUCACCAACCACGACCAUCAGACCCGAGUGGGGAUCCUCACGGUCAGUGACAGCUGUUUCAGGAACUUGGCUGAGGACAGGAGUGGAGUCAAUCUGAAGGACCUGGUCCAUGAUCCUUCACUGCUAGGAGGAGUCAUUGCAGCCUACAAGAUUGUUCCAGAUGAGAUUGAUGAAAUCAAGGACACUCUUUUGGAGUGGUGUGAUGAACUAGAACUGAAUCUCAUCCUUACUACUGGAGGAACUGGCUUUGCACCACGAGAUGUUACACCCGAGGCCACCAGAGAGGUGAUAGAGCGAGAGGCUCCGGGCAUGGCUCUGGCCAUGCUGAUGGGAUCACUGAACGUUACACCUCUUGGCAUGCUAUCCAGGCCAGUGUGCGGCAUUCGUGGUAAAACUCUGAUCAUUAACCUGCCAGGAAGCAAGAAGGGCUCUCAGGAGUGUUUCCAGUUCAUCCUGCCUGCUCUGCCCCAUGCCAUCGACCUGCUGCGUGAAGCCACGGUCGGGGUUAAAGCCACGCACGCUGCCCUGGAACAGCUGCCCUCCCCUUCCCCUCUGCUGGCUAACACGCACACCAACACACACUCCAACACGCACACCAUGGAGCGCGGCACCCAGUGCGAGGAAGAGGAGGACGAGGAGGAGGACAGGAGGAGAUCUCGACACGUGCACAACCACCACCAUCACCAGCACGGCUCCUCCCACAUCACCGCAGCCGCUAUCGCUGCCAAGACGAGUCAUGCUGUGGUCAUGGCUAAGGGAGGUCCCUACCUGCCCGGAAACACACCCGCCCCUCCCACUCAUUUCACUUGUUCCUGUACCCAUGACCAGCAGAUCCCGGACUCGAUCAUUUCUCGAGGCGUUCAGGUGCUUCCUCGGGAUUCAGCCUCUUUAAGCUCCACCCCUUCUGAGUCACCACGGGCAACACAGGCGACCUCCCGCCUAUCCACCGCCUCAUGCCCGACACCCAAGGUUCAGUCACGAUGUGGCAGUAAUGAGAACAUUCUGCGAGCCAGUCACAGUGCAGUGGACAUCAGUAAAGUGGCACGUCGUCAUCGGAUGUCUCCAUUCCCGUUGACGUCCAUGGACAAAGCCUUCAUCACUGUUCUAGAGAUGACACCCAUUCUGGGAAUUGAAGUCAUUAACUACAGAGACGGGUUGGGUCGAGUGCUCGCUCAGGACAUCUAUGCCAAAGACAACCUUCCUCCAUUCCCUGCCUCCGUCAAAGAUGGCUACGCUGUACGGGCUGCUGAUGGCCCUGGAGAUCGCUUCAUCAUGGGAGAAUCACAGGCUGGACAACAGCCCACCCACACAGUGAUGCCAGGUCAGGUGAUGAGGGUGACGACCGGGGCUCCGAUUCCUUGUGGAGCCGACGCUGUGGUCCAAGUGGAAGAUACAGAGCUUCUGCGGGAGUCUGAGGAUGGCACAGAGGAGCUGGAGGUCAGGAUUAUGGUCCAGGCCCGACCUGGACAGGACAUCAGGCCGAUAGGUCAUGACAUCCGGCGAGGCGAGUGUGUGUUGGCUAAAGGAACACAUAUGGGCCCGUCAGAGAUCGGCCUGCUCGCUACUGUGGGAGUGACUGAGGUCAGCGUGCACAAGUUCCCCGUGGUGGCUGUCAUGUCUACUGGAAAUGAGCUGUUGAAUCCAGAGGAUGACCUCCACCCCGGGAAAAUCAGAGACUCCAACCGCUCCACCCUGCUGUCCACCAUCCAGGAGCAUGGAUAUCCCACCAUCAACCUGGGCAUCGUUGGCGACAACCCGGAUGACUUGCUGUCUGCUCUCCAUGAGGGGAUCAGUCGUGCCGAUGUCAUCAUCACAUCAGGAGGCGUGUCCAUGGGAGAGAAGGACUACCUGAAGCAGGUGCUGGAUAUCGACCUUCAUGCUCAGAUCCACUUUGGACGAGUCUUUAUGAAGCCAGGUCUUCCUACUACCUUUGCCACAGUUGACAGUGACGGAGCACGGAAACUCAUCUUUGCUUUGCCAGGUAACCCAGUGUCUGCAGUGGUGACAUGUAACCUGUUUGUGAUUCCUGCUCUGAGGAAGAUGCAAGGCAUUCUGGAUCCUAGACCUACAAUUAUUAAAGCUAGGCUUUCCUGCGAUGUGAAGCUGGAUCCCAGACCUGAGUACCACCGCUGUAUUCUCACCUGGCAUCACCAGGAGCCACUGCCCUGGGCACAAAGCACAGGCAACCAGGUAUCCAGCAGGCUAAUGUCAAUGCGUAGCGCCAACGGUCUGCUGAUGUUGCCUCCUAAAACGGAGCAGUAUGUGGAGCUGCAUAAGGGAGAGGUUGUGGAUGUCAUGGUCAUCGGACGGCUAUGAUGCAGACUUCAAUGUCACUCGCUACCGAUUACCAUGGCAGUGCCAGGACUUCCUGUCUGGACAGGAAACGGGCGGGGGCAGGAAGUGAUGCAUGUCUACCUGGUCGCCAUUAGCUGUGAUGUCAUAUGCAACAGCCAAUCGGAGCCAGCGGAGGCUGAAUUCUCAUUGGUCUGCUCUGGGGAGAUCACUGUAUUUCAAUGGAGAAAAAAAAUGUGAAAAAAAAGAAUAAAAUAUGAGAUUUAUUCU